UAUUUUUUCUUCCAUAGGUGCCUUAGCUGGACCAAUUAUUGUGGAGCCACAUGUCACAGCAGUAUGGGGAAAGAAUGUUUCAUUGAAGUGUUUAAUUGAAGUAAAUGAAACCAUAACACAAAUUUCAUGGGAGAAGAUACAUGGCAAAAGUUCACAAACUGUUGCAGUUCAUCAUCCUCAGUAUGGAUUCUCUGUUCAAGGAGAAUAUCAAGGAAGAGUCUUGUUUAAAAACUAUUCACUUAACGAUGCAACGAUUACUCUGCAUAACAUUGGAUUCUCUGAUUCUGGAAAGUACAUAUGCAAAGCUGUUACAUUCCCACUUGGAAAUGCUCAGUCCUCUACAACUGUAACUGUGUUAGUUGAACCCACUGUGAGCCUGAUAAAAGGGCCGGAUUCUUUAAUUGAUGGAGGAAAUGAAACAGUAGCAGCAAUUUGUAUCGCAGCCACUGGAAAACCAGUUGCACAUAUUGAGUGGGAAGGUGAUCUUGGUGAAAUGGAAUCCACUACAACUUCUUUUCCAAAUGAAACGGCAACGAUUGUCAGCCAGUACAAGCUGUUUCCAACCAGAUUUGCUAGAGGAAGGCGAAUUACUUGUGUUGUAAAACAUCCAGCCUUGGAAAAGGAUAUUCGAUACUCUUUCGUAUUAGACAUACAAUAUGCUCCUGAAGUUUCAGUAACAGGAUAUGAUGGAAAUUGGUUUGUAGGAAGAAAAGGUGUUAAUCUCAAGUGUAAUGCUGAUGCAAAUCCUCCACCCUUCAAAUCUGUGUGGAGCAGGUUGGAUGGACAGUGGCCUGAUGGUUUAUUGGCUUCAGACAGUACUCUUCAUUUUGUCUAUCCACUGACUUUCAAUUAUUCUGGUGUUUAUAUAUGUAAAGUGACCAAUUCCCUUGGUCAAAGAAGUGAUCAAAAGGUCAUCUACAUUUCAGAUGUUCCCUUUAAGCAGACUUCUUCCAUAGCUGUAGCUGGAGCUGUCAUUGGAGCUGUUCUUGCCCUUUUCAUCAUUGCUAUCUUUGUGACUGUGCUCCUGACUCCUCGAAAAAAGAGACCAUCCUAUCUUGACAAAGUUAUCGACCUUCCACCCACACAUAAACCACCUCCUGUGUAUGAAGAACAAUCCCCUCCUUUGCCUCAGAAAGACUGUCUAUAUCAGACUGAACACUUGCCUUUGCAGACUCAGUUCAAAGAAAAAGAAGUUGGUGGUCUUCAGCACUCUAAUGGACCAAAUAGCAGGAGAUUUGACUAUGAAGAUGAGAAUCCAGUGGGGGAAGAUGGGAUUCAGCAGAUGUACCCCCUUUACAACCAGAUGUGCUACCCAGACCGGAGCCCUGGCAAACAUCAUCAGAGAAAUGACCCUAAGAGAGUCUACAUCAACCCGCGAGAACACUAUGUGUGAUCUUUCUCUUUUUCCAAUGGGUAUUCUAACGAAUGUUUAUUCUUAAAUUGAGGAGAGAAACUGAGGCCAAUAGUUAUUGCAUUCUUGCUCAUAUGAAACAGUCCCUGUCUAAGUGUACUGGAAAUCUCGAUGAAUGACUUAAAGACAGUAGUGAACUUC